ACGUCGCUGACAUCGACGUUGGCAUCGAUGUUUCUGCACCUCUAGUAACUCAACAAUACAAAUAAAAACAAUUAAAUAUUCUUUAAUAAAACUCUAAUGUGAGAUGAUUAGACGGUGCGUUUGAAAAACAACAGCAUUGCGCGAUGGCCGAAAGUGGCCGCCAGUGGAUACCGGUGGGGGAAGACAAAGAUGACUAACAAUGAGAUUGCCGAGCUGAUUUAAAUGGAAAACUUUGAAAACAACAGUCUGUUGAUAACAAAAAGAGCGCCAGCCGAACUAGAAACUACCUACACAGCCGGAAAGUCCAGCCAUAGUAAGAUUAAAGACGACACAUAAUAGCCCAACCAGGAGGAGCUGGUGAUCCUCCGAUCCGCGGAAACGGAGAGGAGAUCGACGAUCGGGUAUCGAAGAUCAAAUAGCUAUGAACCACGCUGGCGUUGCCAUGAUGGACAACCGACAGUUGGCCUACGUGGAGCACCAGGUGAAAUAUGAGCCACCACUGGAGGUCAUGGAGCCGCGCUUCUCGGUCAACCUGUGGAAGAACGAGCCUCUGGACUGGGUGGAACUCAUCUGCCUGCUACCCAAUGGGUUCAUACUGAUUCUAAGGGUCAACCCGGCCACGACCAUCCAGACGGUCAAGGCGGAGCUGGUGGCUCAGGCCAAGAAGAUGCCGUUGAGCUAUGUGAUCAAGGAGGCUUGCGAGUACCAGGUGUACGGCAUCUCGACCUUCAACAUCGAACCGUACACGGACGAGACGAAGCGACUGAGCGAGGUGCAGCCCUACUUUGGACUGCUCAGCCUCGGCGAUCGCGCCGACACCACCGCCAUCUCCAGCGACUACGAGCUGACCAAGAUGGUCAACGGGAUGAUCGGCAAGUCCUUCGACCACCACCGGACGCAGGGCACGCCCGAGAUCGACGACUUUCGGCUGUACAUGACGCAGAUCUGCGACAACAUUGAGAUGGAGCGCAGCAUCUACACCUGGCAGCAGCGACUGCUCUACGAGCACCCGUUGCGGCUGGCCAACUCCGCGAAGAUGCCCGAACUGAUACGGGAGCGGCAUCCGACCAGGACCUUCCUCAUCGUGGUCAAGAACGAGAACGACCAGAGCACCUUCACGCUGUCGGUGAACGAGCAGGACACUCCCUUCUCGCUCACGGAGAGCACGCUGCAGAAGAUGAACCGGUCGCAGAUGAAGAUGAACGACCGGACAGCCGACUACAUACUCAAGGUGAGCGGUCGCGACGAGUACCUACUCGGCGACUACCCGCUGAUCCAGUUCCUGUACAUCCAAGAGACGCUCUCAGACUCGGCGGUGCCCAAUGUGGUGCUGCAGUCGGUGUACCGCCUCGAGUCGUACAUCAAUCACCACAACGAGCAGGCCAUUUUCCCGAAGCGGCCGCCGCCGAAGAAGCAACCCGCCCUGCUCCCCAAGACGCCCUCCUCGCUGUGGGACAUGGGCAAUUACUUCCAGCUGACGCUGCACAGCAUCUCGAAUGUGAACUACGACAAGGCGCGCGCCUUCAAGGUGGGCGUCCAUGUGGGCCUCUUUCACGGCGAGCACAAACUGUGCGCCCAACGAUCGACGGACUCGCCCAACGGCAACUUUGACACGUUCCUGUUCAACGACCUGGUGAUGGAUUUCGACAUACAGAUGCGCAACCUGCCGCGGAUGACGCGCCUCUGCAUUGUGAUUUUCGAGGUGACCAAGAUGUCGCGCUCCAAGAAGUCCUCCAACAACAAGGAUAGCACUCUCAAGGACGUCUCCUACAACAAGAACCCGCUGGCCUGGGUCAACACAACGCUGUUCGACUACAAGGACAUCCUUCGCACCGGUCGACAGACGCUGUACACUUGGACGUAUGCGGACGACAUCCAGUCGGACGAGGUGUUCCACCCGCUGGGCACCAUCGAACCGAACCCGCGCAAGGAAGAGUGCGCUCUGGUGGAGCUCACAUUUCACAGCAGCGGAACCGGAAGCGUGCGCUACCCCAGCGAGGAGGUAGUGUUGCAGUACGCUCGGGAUCGCAUUCGGCGGGAUAACCAGCUGCAGCAGCAGCAGGCGGAGGCAGAAAAGCCACUUAAAGAACUGAAGGACCUACUGGCCAACUACACGGGGCUGGACAAGAUCUACGAGAUGGUUGAUCAGGACCGCAAUGCCAUUUGGGAGCGCAGAAACGACAUUAUGCGUGAGUUGCCCGAGGAACUGUCCAUCCUCCUUCACUGCGUCUACUGGAAGGAGCGAGAUGACGUGGCUGACAUCUGGUACCUACUCAAGCAGUGGCCACUAAUUUCCAUUGAACGCUCCUUGGAGCUGCUGGAUUACGCCUAUCCAGAUCCGGCUGUGCGACGCUUUGCCAUCCGUUGCCUACACUUUCUCAAAGACGAGGACCUGCUUCUGUACCUCCUCCAACUGGUCCAAGCCAUAAAACACGAAUCCUAUCUGGAUAGCGAUCUGGUAGUGUUUCUGCUGGAGCGAGCGCUUCGCAACCAGCGCAUCGGCCACUACUUCUUCUGGCAUCUGCGCUCCGAGAUGCAGACGCCGUCCAUGCAGACGCGGUUCGGCCUCCUCCUGGAGGUCUACCUGAAGGGCUGCAAACAUCACGUGGCGCCACUCCGCAAGCAGUUGCAUGUGCUGGAGAAGCUGAAGCAGGGAUCUCUAAUCGCCAAGAAGGGCAGCAAGGAGAAGGUGAAGACCAUGCUGCAGGACUUUCUGCGGGAUCAGCGCAACUCGGGGGUGUUCCAAAACAUCCAAAAUCCGCUUAAUCCCAGCUUCCGGUGUAGCGGCGUAACUCCAGACAGGUGCAAGGUGAUGGACAGCAAGAUGCGUCCGCUAUGGGUGGUGUUCGAGAACGCGGACAUGAACUCCAACGACGUGCACAUCAUUUUCAAGAAUGGCGACGAUCUGCGCCAGGACAUGCUUACGUUGCAGAUGCUGCGGGUGAUGGACCAGCUGUGGAAACGCGAUGGCAUGGACUUUCGCAUGAACAUCUACAACUGCAUCAGCAUGGAGCAACGCCUCGGCAUGAUCGAGGUGGUGCGCCAUGCUGAGACCAUUGCCAACAUACAGAAGGAGAAGGGCAUGUUCUCCGCCACGUCGCCUUUUAAGAAGGGCUCCCUCUACAGUUGGCUCAAGGAGCACAACAAGACCGCCGACAAGCUAAACAAGGCCAUCAACGAGUUCACGCUGAGCUGCGCUGGCUACUGCGUGGCCACCUAUGUGCUGGGCGUGGCCGAUCGGCACUCGGACAACAUAAUGGUCAAAAGAAAUGGACAGCUCUUUCACAUCGAUUUUGGUCACAUUCUGGGCCACUUCAAGGAAAAGUUUGGAGUGCGACGAGAGCGAGUGCCCUUCGUGUUGACACACGAUUUUGUAUACGUUAUCAACAAGGGCUGCAAUGACCGCGAGGCGAAGGAGUUUUGUCACUUUCAGGAAUUGUGCGAGCGCGCCUUUUUAGUUUUACGCAAACACGGCUGCCUUAUUUUAUCGCUGUUCUCAAUGAUGAUUUCAACGGGACUGCCCGAACUGUCCUCCGAAAAGGACUUGAACUACCUUCGUGAAACUUUAGUGCUGGACUACACGGAGGAAAAAGCGCGCGAACAUUUCCGAGCGAAAUUCAGCGAAGCUUUGGCCAACUCCUGGAAGACUUCCCUUAACUGGGCCUCGCACAACUUCUCCAAAAACAACAAACAGUAAACAGACAACUACAUCGACAUCAAGAACUUGGCAACACGAUCGUAUAGAAAUCAACCAACCCCCCAUGUCCCAUACAAAAAAAAACCGAUCUACCCACUUUUCUUUUCUGCCUGCCUUUCUGAGCCUUUGAAAUAGGCGUAGUACAAUUUUGUGUCCAAUUCAUAAAGUUCAAAGCUAUGUGUUCACUAUGUUAUGCCGAGAUAUAACCAAUCGACAUAACCACACCCCCUCACACAGAGACAACCCCUUGACCCAUAGAUGAUAAUGUCGCUCCCACAAGUGCUCCAAUAUACUUUACUGUUACAUUGUACAAUUACGUGUUCACCUUUUCUUGUAUUUUUAACCAUUUAUCGCCUCCCCAUACAGUGACCCUUGGACCCUGGAAUUGUUUUGUUGUCUAUUAUUCAUUUGUUGUUUAAACACCCCCACGCAUGAACGUGCAAAAAAUUGUAUCCUAUUAUGCUAUAUUAAUUUAAGAGACAUUAACUCAUUAAGUUUACAAUUAACGAUUUUCUAUCCCCACAUUACUAAUUGUGUACUAUAAUUUUUGUCUGCUUCUGUCACCAGCAACAAAUGAACAUUUUUGUGUUUACUGGUUUCAUUUUAUAAUGUUCCCUAAUAUGUGUAACGUAAUUUGUAAAUCGCUGGAUAUCUACAAUUAAAUGAAGCAAUUUAAAUACAAAAACGAACGAAUGUAUACAAUUUAAUCAAAACAAGAAAAAUAUAGAUACAUAAUGUGCUUCUACGUUUACGAUAGACUGUAAUCGCCUCAAUAA